CUAGAGACCAACAACAACCCCACCCCGCAGCGGCCUCUCCUGCAUCCAGCACCCAUCCUAGCUCAUUUUACGACUUCUUACGACAAUGGCGUCGACACCGCCUUCUCCCUCUUCGAGGACAGAUUCCCCUGCCAGUCAGUCUGGCUACUUCUCGGCCCCGUUUGAGCGGUUCGUUCGCGAUGAAGUAUCAGAUUGGGCUGGCGCAUUCACGCUGCUCGAUACGAUGGAGACGUACUUCGACUCCCGCAUAGACCUCCUCCAGCGACAAAUCCAGAAGCACAGCGAUCGGCUCAAGCUGAAGGCGGAGGGGGCUAUUAAGACUCGGUAUCCUCAGAGCGAUGUGCUCGCUGAGAACUUUGACCGCGAAAUCAAGAGCUUCAAACUCAAGGUCUCAGCGCGGAUGACGAAGCUCCUCACAUCAUGGCAUUCAGCAAAGGUCGUUCGGACUCGCGAAAAGAUCUCGUUCUUCUUCGGUGUGAACGUUCUGCUCUUAUCCGCUCUGCUCUUUGGCCUUGCACCACAGUGGAUUCAUAUUUCGUAUACUAUCCAGGGUCUGUACCUCCUCCCGUUGCGCGCAUACAAGUACAAGAAGCGAAGCUGGCAUUAUUUCCUGUUCGACUUGUGUUAUUAUGUGACCAUCCUGAACUUCAUCUACCUCUGGAUUCUUCCCGGAAACACGGCGCUCUUCGUGGCAUGUUACUGCCUCUCACACGGUUCGCUGGCAAGCGCGGUCAUCACGUGGAGGAAUUCGCUCGUGUUCCACGACUCGGAUAAGGUCACCUCGUUGUUCAUCCACAUUUACGCGCCCUUUACCUUCACUGUGAUUCGGCACUUCUAUCCUGGCGCCGAGGAGCGCUUCCCGGCGAUAGCGCAGUUGCCACAUCUCAAUCCAUUCAAGGCUAUGUUCCUGAGCGGCGCGAUUUAUGUCAUAUGGCAGCUACUGUAUUGGAAGUUUGUGCUGGUGGACCGUCGCACCAAGAUCGAGUCUGGGCAACGCACGACCUCGUUUUCCUUCCUCCUGAACGACAAACGCGGAGCCAUUGGUCGGAUGCUGAGCAAAAUCCCUCCUCAAUAUCGCAUACUUUCUUUUAUGGGCGGCCAACUUGUGUAUUCCAUUUUGACUGAGCUUCCUGCGGUGUACCUCCUCUACGACAGCCCCUUUUGGAGCGGUGCCUUCCUCGUAUCCAUCUUUGCCGUUAGUGUCUGGAACGGUGGAGGGUUCUAUAUUGAAGUAUUUGGCCGCAAGUUUGAACGCGAACUCGAAGCACUGCGCAAAGAACUUUCCGAAGUUAGCAGUCGCUCUGGGCGUUCUAGUCCCACCAAUGGUUCUCUAAGUGACGGUGAAAUCUUGAUUGGCUCUCCAGUCAUGGAAAACAAAGCCCAACUGCCCUCUGAAUCUGAUGAGCUGCUUCUCGAGUCAGUCACACAGCUCGCCGAGAAGAAGGAUCAGUAGUUUGCCUCGCUGCUGUCCAGCUGAUCGGUCUCUCAACACAUUUCCGAGGGCUUGGCCUCUGGGCGCCUUUGCUUUCACACACCAGGUGAUCUUGUGUUUUUCGUUUAGAAGUACUAGUGUUCCUACACACGGAUCUGUAAUGCUCCCCCAAUGUCGUCUCUACACCCUCUCGCUAUGCUAUCUUAGGCUACCUAUCGCUAUUCGCUACACUCACGCUGUUUGGUUUCUUACUUGCUUGCCGAUAUUCUACCCUGUAAUCGGACUUUCGUGCAAUCGAUUUCCGCC